AUGAAGCUUACCAAGCUCUUCUUUGGAUUGGAUAAUAAGGGUACUCUAUUUGAGUUGGACUUCAAGAUAGAGAUUAUCUUUGCCUCACUUCCUGACGCCUAUAGCUCCUUUAUCAUGAACUUCCACAUGAAUAAAGUGGUGGUCAACAACGUCUCUGAGCUUACUAACAUGCUUAUAGAAGCAGAAAGUACGCUUAAGAAAAAUAAGGUUGUUUCUCUUGUUACUGAGAAGAGUUCUCAGGGUUCAAAGAACAAGAAAAAGAAGAGGACUAAGAAAAGCAAGAAAAGCAAGUCAACUGGUGUGAAAGAGGGAGGAGUGCAGAAGAAAACGGCCAAAGCUGACAAAGGAAAGUGUUUCCAUUGUGGCAAGACUGGACACUGGAAAAGAAUCUACCAAGAGUACCUAGCUUCCUUGAAGAAGGACAAGCCAGAGACAGGUAUUUUUAAAUCUUUUGUUGUUUCUGAAUCUCUUAUGUUGGUUGGACCAACUAACAUGUGGUGUGGACUCUGGGUCCACCACACACAUUUGUAA